CACAUCUAUACUAUAGUAGAAAACAGAUAACGUGUAGUAAAAACAAGAUUUACUCAUCAGUCCAACUUUCAAGAUGGGACUAACGUCAUUGAUUUGGUUGCCCGUACAGCUUUCUUUAAAUGCUAUAGAGAAAUUCCUUUUUAUUUUGAUUAAUCUUUACGAUACAUACUGCUAUAGUCCUCUACAAAAGACACUUUCUCCGCUUGUUGCUAAGGUACCACGAGCAAUUCACCUUGGAGACAGAAAAGUCGAUGUGUUCACUGCAAAUAUUGUAUCAUGGUCACGAACAAUACUUGUUAUACCAAUUGCUUGGUAUCUGAAGUAUAAUUAUCCAGUUUCCGCCUUCCUCUGUGUCAUUUUGCAUGACUUUCUUGAUCAUUUAGACGGCAUUGUGGCCAAGGUGCAAAAAUCUAUUUAUGGACAGAUGGAUGACCCGUUGCUAGGUGGUUUCAUGGACGCCUUCUGUGAUAAAAUAGUAAACUGUGUAUCAUUAUGGACGAUUCUAAUGGUGACGGAUUUCAGUCAGAUGACGUCAUCUCAAAUCUGGUUGUAUACAGGCGCAUGCGUGGUUAUAAUUGCGUAUGAAUUCGUUCUUGGUGUUGUCAGGGUUCAGGACUACUUUCAAGCCUACUAUUCAAGGAAAUAUAAAAUGGUGUCUACAGAAUCAAAAACAAACGUGGCAGCAGUAAUGGAAGGCAAAUUGAAGGAAAAAUUAGAAUCAAUGGGCAUUGGUUUUCUUUGUCUUGCUCAAGGGACGGCAAUACCAAUACUAAGUAUAUCUGGUGUAAGUGGGGUUGUGUGUCUUUUGUUGUCUAUCAGGUUAGCACAUGCGAGUCUUGAACACAAACUUAAACCAAGACGAAAAAACAAGACCGAGACAGAUGAUGAUGAUAAGGAACAUACACGCUCGUAUGGCACUCAGACUGACAAUCAUCUGUCAGAGAACAUCCUAGAACGAAAAUUAAGUAUAUUUGGUGAGGAGAUUGAAGACCCGGAUGAAUUAGAUGAAAAGUCUGAUGUUUCUUCUGAAAAGGAAGAGGAAGAAGAAGAACUCAAGAAAACGUCAUCAAACCAAAAGUUAUCGAUAAAAAGAUCUGUUUCGGUCCCGUCUUGGAAAAUACGUCAAAAAGUGGAUAAGAUUUACACGGUCGGCUGCUUUGACCUUUUCCAUGAAGGUCACAUAAUACUAAUGGAGCGGUUGAAAGAAUUAGGAUCACAGGUUAUAGUCGGUGUACAUGACAGCAGAAGUAUAUUCAAGUUAAAGAGAAGAGUGCCCAUCGAUAGUACUCAUAAAAGAAUGGCCAAUGUUAAAAAAUAUGCAGAUGUGGUGUACUGUAUCUCGGGAACAGACCCGACUCCUUUCCUUAAAUGUAUGUUUGACGCGGAAGAGCCGGUCACCAGUAUGUACGUACGUGGAGAUGACAUGCCAAACUUUCCCGCCAGAAAAUAUAUUGAGGAAGUAAUGCCCGUCCAUUUUCUUCCAUAUUCGGAGUUUGUGUCAUCAACGAAAAUACGGAAAGAAGUUUACAAUGCAUCAAUGUUUGGACCUCAUACAAAUGAUGAUGAUCAUAUAAUGUUUUACUGAUGCAAGGAAAAUAAUGCAAGUGUGGCCUUCGAUUGUUUUAUACAGCGUAAACAGUGUGUGCGUGCGUGCGUUACAAUUACGGUUUAUAUAUUAUUUAUGAAGUAAAAUAAUUACCUAUUUU